AGAAAUUGCGUUUCGCGUCCGAAAAAAUGCGUCACCUACGGUGUUAUUUUUGUUGUCGUGUUUAAUUAUUUUAUUUAAUUAAUCGUAUUGAUAACGUUGAAGUUUCUUCGUUAUUAAAGAGUGAAUUCGAGUAUUUGAAAAGUGUAUUGACAAAAUUACAUCACAGUUCCAUCACGCCGAAGAAGAAACCUACUCGAGUGAUGCCAAAUUAACUCCAACAAGUAAUGGUAACGUUCUGAUCGAAAUGAAGAUGUCAUCACAAUCAACAAAACUUCGAGGCCGUCCGGCGAAACACAAACCUCGGUGUUUGUGGUGCAACCAACACAAACCGCUGAUAUUCGUGCUUCCUACAUCUACCGGCAAAAAGGAGUUCUGCGGGCAGAAUUGCCUAGCUUCGUUUCGCAAAGCUCACGCUAAAGCAUCUUGUACCGAAUGUGAUAACGCUAUCAGAAGCUCUCCUGUCAAAUGGGAGACACCGAGUAACACUACGAAAGAUUUUUGCUCCAGGGAUUGCUUAGCGAAAUACCAGAAGAAGCUAAUGUUUGCAGAGAAUAGAAAAAGAUGCGGUGACAAAUCACAUUUCGGCGGUGCGAUUUCCAAUAAUCAUGAUCUCCCUCCUAGUCCUACGCAUUACUUGACUACUCAGCAAACGUUCGAUUGGGAAACAUAUUUGAAAGAAACUAAUAGCGAGCCAGCUCCGGCGGAUUGUUUUAAACAAUACCCCGAGCCACCUGAGAAUCUGUUCGAACCGAAUAUGAAACUCGAAGCAUUGGAUCCUCGCAAUGUAACAUCGACUUGUGUAGCGAAUGUGAUCAGCAAAAUUGGACCACGGUUACGUUUAAGACUUGAUGGCGGUGAUAAUAAAAAUGAUUUCUGGAGACUGGUUGAUUCUAGUGAGAUACAUGGCAUUGGUCAUUGUGAAAAACAAGGCGGAAUGUUGCAACCUCCGCUAGGUUUCCGAUCGAACGCUUCUUGUUGGCCUAUGUUUCUUGUGAAGACGCUUAACGGUGCUAUGAUGGCACCUCUACAAGCAUUUAAACCAGAACCACCCACUCCGGCCGAAAACUAUUUCAAAAUCGGUCAAAAGCUGGAAGCUGUCGAUAAAAAGAACCCCCACCUGAUAUGUCCAGCAACGAUCGCCGACGUCAAAGACGACCAAAUCUUCAUUACAUUUGACGGAUGGAAAGGCUCGUUCUGGUGUCCUUAUUACGAUCGUGAUAUAUUCCCAGUAGGAUGGUGUGCCAAAAUCGGGCAUCCUGUGCAACCACCUAAAGCUGUCGGCUUGGCGAAUAAAAACAAAGCACGGAUACAAGUCGUGUCUCCUAUACCUCAAAGUGAUAACUCUCCUCAACAAUCGAAUAUACCCCCUCAAGUACCAGUAGCUCCGUCUUCACCUCAGGUUACCCUGAUAGAGGCCGAUACCUCGACAACCAUUCCGAAAACCGAAGUACAAGCUCAGCAAGAAGCUGCAACUUCCACAACACAGGCCGAAAUGCCUCCAAAACUUCCCACCAAUCCGGCCGAUUGGUCUUUUGAAGACGUGGUCGCCUAUAUCUCGUAUAGUGAUCCGGGACUCAGUGUACAUGCUGAUUUGUUCAGAGAACAUGAAAUCGACGGAGGAGCUUUAUUAUUGGUUAAUGCGGAUACCUUGAUGUCUGGUAUGGGACUGAAACUGGGACCAGCGUUGAAAAUUUGCCAUUUGGUGUCGAAGAUUAAAAAUAAAAAGCACUUCGUGCUGUAAUAUUUAUUGAAAGGUUUUUCUUUCCAUCGUAGUCUCAGACUACGAUACCUAUUUAAGGUUUGGAUUUUCGUAUUAAGUAUUUGAGAUGCUGCAUUUUAUCAUGUUAACUUUGUAUAGAACCGUUUUUUUCUGUCUCUUUGGUAUUUUAAAUUGAGAAAAAUAUACCACUUAUUGUUACUGAA